AUGGUCCCCCCUCGUAUUUCUGUCAAAUUGUGCUACGAUAUUGUCUCACCCUAUUCAUAUCUAGCCUUUGAAUCACUGACUCGAUAUCGUGACUUAUGGAACAUAGAUCUCGAUCUUUGUCCUUAUUUCCUCGGUGGUGUUAUGGUGGCUGCAAAUAAUAGACCGCCUAUGUCCGUCAAGCUCAAAGGACAAUUUUUGUCUGAUGAAGUAAAGCGCUUGGGAGAAGAAGCUGGACUAAAUAUUACUGUCGCUUGGAUAAACAACCCUCCAAAUACAAUGGGAGUGGCCCGUUUUCUUCGGGCAUACAAGGAGGUAUCGUCCCCGACGGAACUAGAAAAUGUUACUCGUCGCUUAUUCAUCGAGAUGUUCAGCAAGGAAACACCACCGUCUGACCCAGCUUUCUUUAAGAGUCUAAUACCUGAUCUUAUUUCUGAAGACAAAUUCAAGGAGGUUCUUGCUCGCUCGGGGUCCCAGGAGAUCAAGGACUUGGUCAAAAUUGAAUCAGCUACUCUCGUCAAAGAUUAUGGCGCAUUUGGCUUUCCCUGGAUCAUCGUGCGCCGGGAGGAUGGUACCACCAGGUCAUUCUUUGGAAGCGACAGAUUCGCGAACAUGGCAUGGUGGCUUGGGAACGAAUAUAAGUGGCAAGGCCCACGUCCAGAUGUCCCCAAGAGCAAACUAUAA